CAGACGUCCACUGGAGAACUAAGUUGCUGGGCUGAAUGGUCGUUGUAACAUACAGAAAAAGCAGAAGCGCGACGGAUGUGGGUAGCAUCUCAACACAAAUAGUGAGAGCUGGCGCACCAAGGGUGCAGCUAAAUCUGAAAGGCCCAUUGAGCCUAAACUAUGAACCCCGAGGAGCAGACUGUUACGUGGCUAAUAACAUUAGGCGUGCUUAAUUCACCCAAAAAGAAUAUCGCUGAUCCAGAGGAAUUUCUGAAAACAUCUCUCAGAGAUGGGGUCGUCCUGUGUAAGCUUAUGGAGCGACUGCUACCUGGAGCCAUCUUAAAGUAUUCAGCUGAACCCAGAUGCGAAGCGGCCUGCAUUGCAAACAUUCGGGAGUUUCUAAAAGGAUGCCAGUCUCUAAAGGUUGAGGGAUUUGAUCCAGAGAGCUUAUAUACUGGGGAGAACUUCAACAAGGUUCUGUCAACACUCUCAGCAAUAAACAUCGCCACUCAAGAUUGUACCCCUAAUAGAUCAUGUCCACAGUCCAGUGCCUCUCCUCCUAGCCUGUCAGCCCCUUCACAAGCUGUUCCCACCUUGAAGUCCAGCAGGUCCUUACGGAGACAGUCAAAAGCAGUGGAAAUGUCGGAGAAUGGAGGCGGCGGGCAGCUGGUGGUAAAGGCACGCUUCAAUUUCAAGCAGAACAAUGAGGACGAGCUGUCUUUCAGCAAGGGUGAGCUGAUCCAUGUCACACGCCAGGAGGAAGGUGGAUGGUGGGAGGGAACCCUUAAUGGCAAAACCGGCUGGUUCCCUAGCAACUAUGUCCGAGAGGUCAAGCCAUGUGAGAAACCAAUAUCACCGAAAUCGGUAAAAGGAUUUGACGUUCCUCAGCUGACUAAAAAUUAUUACAAUGUGGUGGUGCAAGACAUCUUGGAGCAUGAAAGAGAGUUUGUCAAAGAACUGCAGGCGGUACUUAGCUGCUACCUGCGGCCUCUACAGACCAGUGACAAGCUCGCUAGUGCGGACUGCUCCAGUCUGAAUGGGAAUUUAGAGGACAUCCUCACUUUCCAACAGGGACUGUGUCUUGCCUUAGAGGAGUGCUCCAAGAUGCCAGAGGGCCAGCAACGCAUUGGCGGCUGUUACCUGAACCUGAUGUGUCAGAUCAGAACACUGUACUUGUCCUACUGCUCCAGCCAUCCCUCUGCAGUGUGUGUGCUGACUGAUCACAGUGAGGAGUUGGACAAGUUCAUGGAGAGUCAGGGUGCCAGUGCUCCUGGUAUUCUGACCCUGACCACCAGCCUGAGCAAACCCUUCAUGAGGCUCGACAAGUAUCCCACCCUCCUGCAGGAACUUGAGCGACAUGUGGAGGAGGCGCAUCCAGAUUACAGUGAUAUUCUCAAAGCAACAGUUGCUUUUAAAAAUCUUGUGACUCAGUGUCAAGAUCUGCGAAAAAGAAAAAACCUAGAGUUGCAGAUCUUGUCGGAGCCAGUGCGGGGCUGGGAGGGAGACAGCAUUAAGUCACUGGGUCAGGUGGUCUACAUGUCACAGGUCCACAUGCAGAGCAGCUCAAAUGAGGAAAAAGAAGAGCGAUACUUCAUGCUGUUUCCCAAUGUGUUAGUCAUGCUGUCUGCCAGCCCAAGAAUGAGUGGUUUCAUUUACCAGGGGCGUCUGCCACUGACAGGAACCACUGUAACCAAACAUCUAGAAGAUGCAGACACAGGCCAUUAUGCCUUUGAGAUCACAGGGGGAACAAUAGAUCGCACCAUGGUGUUCUGCAGUAGUUUACAGGAGCAGCUGGAGUGGUUAGAACAUCUUCAUGCUUACACCAAGGAAGGAAGUCCAGUAGGAACAAUAGUGAAGAGUGUUGAUGGUAAGCCUUCAACCAUGACUGGUACGUCAUCCCACCACUUGCACGGUUUCGGUACUCCUGUGGCUAACCGAGGACCUCUUGAACCCCCCAAGAUCACAAAGCCCUGGUCUUUAAGCUGCCUAAGACCAGCGCCGCCCCUCAAGCCCUCCGCUGCUCUGGGCUAUAAAGAGAGGAUGUCUUAUAUCCUGAAGGACUCUAGUAAAAGCCCCAGACCCAUGAAGAAGUUCCUCCCAAAGAGAAAAACGGAGAGAAAACAAUCAGAUGAUGAGUUCCUGCUUAGAAAAAGCACAGCAGCUCUAGAGGAGGAUGCCCAGAUCCUCAAAGUGAUUGAGGCCUAUUGCACCGGAGCCAGUCUCCACCAAUCCACCACAGCUGUGCGUAAGGAGUGCAUCCCCCAGGUCUUGCUUCCAGAAGAAGAGAAGAUCAUUGUUGAGGAGAUCAAAAGCAAUGGCCAGACGAUCAUUGAGGAGAAAAGUCUUGUUGAUGCGGUUUAUGCUUUGAAAGAUGAAGUCCAUGAAUUAAAAAAGGAGAAUAAAUGGAUGAAACAGUGUCUGGAAGAGGAACAGAAGUCCCGUAAGGAGCUGGAGCGUGUGGUCAAGAAGUUGGCCAAGCAAAAGAAUGACUGUUCCUGGGAGGAUGGAGGUCACUAAAGAACACUCGCCUGUUUCCCCUCGCCAUGCGCAUGUAUGUGUUUCUGUGUCUGUGUUUGUCCUCACAAAUGUGUUUUUACAUCACAUUACACACUGAACAUUGCUUUUGGAAAGUCACCAUGUUGGGGAUUUUCAGCCAUUUCUCAUCAAAUGUUAAGGACAAGAUCCGAUGAGAAUAUCGACUCUGUUUUUCUCGCCAUAUGGAAGAAUAUCACUGUCUGGUUUCGCUUCACACUCCUGUGACGUGGCAUUCUGAGAACGAAACGGCAACUGUUCUAGAAAACCAAGUGAACUACUUACUUAGGAAGUAUUAGGCGAUUUGGAAAACUUCAGAGAACUGUCGGAGUCCAGUCCUCAACUGUUUAUUUUUUUUCUGUUUUUUCCGGUUCACUUAAACACUCCAAGAAGAAACAUCACAGAAAAGAUGGUGGAAUCUGUUGUUUUUGAACUGAACAAAUAUCUGCCUCACUUUGACUGUUAACUGGUCAUGGAUAAGAGAAAUCCAAUGACAUUCAGCCCAUGAACAGCAUUCCGACUCAAGCCGCUAUUGCACAAGUGAAUAUAUUCUGUUGAUGGCGCUGGAGAAGAUAUUUGUGGUUGAACAUUACAGUACUCCACCAUAUCCACAAGUAUCCACUCUUUUCAGUCCUUUUUCUGCUUUUAUAAUGUGAAAAUGGUUGUGUUGCUUGAUGUAGCUUUUAGGUCACAAAUGAACAAGAUUGCGAUUUGUGGUUUGCACCUGAUAGACAUGAGAUGCCCUACUUGCCAUCUUGAAAUGACUUUGUUUUUUCCUUGUAGUUUGAUGGUUUUGAAUUAAAUUCCUGUAAAAUGUA